UGUAUGUAACUAUCUUCAGAACUGGAGUGUGUACACACGUAAUCGACAUGUGUUCAAAUGACGUAGACAAAUAGUAAAAAAAAAAGAAGUUUAAUUUUUUUCAUUAAGUAAAAUUGAAUGCACACAAAUGUCUAUGUUUUAAAUUAAUCUCUGUGGUCAUUGUCUACAUUGACGACGUGAUUAACCUUAGUGUUACGUAAUAACAAAGCAACAGAAUAAUUGAAAGUCUGCUGCAAGGGACAUAAUUCAUUGGACAUGAAGGAAGUUAACAAUACAUCAAUUCUUCCUCCUUGUCAAGUCUGCGCCGGCGACAGUUCAGGCUACCAUUAUGGUGCCAACACAUGCGAAGCUUGUAAGGGCUUCUUCCGACGCUCUCUCCAACGUUCCAUCUAUUACCUGUGCCAGAACAACAAGGCCUGUGACGUCACCGGCUACAACCGGAUACUGUGCAGUUUUUGCAGGUACCAGAAAUGUCUACACGUGGGCAUGUCCAAGAAAGCCAUUAAAACAGGUCGAUACUCUCACGAGAAGCGCACACGGAACAUUCUGGAAGUUAAACGACUACAAGAGAAGGAAAUAUCACAAGCCUUCAAGGAUAAUAACAAGCGACUAAGUCAAUCAAAGACCCAGUCUAAGGUUGAACAAUCGAACACAGAUUUAGAUCAUUUGAUCCAGAUGCUGGUUGACUUUCAUGACCAAACUAUUUUAGUGACGUCACGAUUACCUUCAAGUGUCAUUGAAGCAAAGACAAGGAGACAUAGCGAGAAUUUCCUCUUAAAACAAGAGACUUUUGGUCAGCUGGGGACACUGCCUGUAGAACAAUACGAGGAAAUUCUAAGGAGUACAGGUAUGGACAUCGACAACAGAAAAAUUGUUUCUGUUGCUCACUGUGCCCAGGUAGAAAGAUGGAUCAAAAACUGGGUCAAAUUUGUCAAGAAAAUACCCGGAUUUAUGGACCUUGACAUUGAUGACCAGCUUGCCCUCCUUAUUAAUUCAAGAACAGAGUUCUGGUUACUGGGUGCCUACAGGGGCUAUAACUCGUUACUAGACUCAACUCUAAUGCCCAAUGGUAUUUGUUACCACAAGGAAGAACUUAAAAUGCUGUACACAGAGGAGUAUGUAGAUCUCAUCUUUCACUUGUCGGCUGUCCUGCAAAAGACUCACCUACUCCCUGAUGAGAUGGUCCUGUUGAAGGCAGUUUGUCUGACAGCUUCAGAUCGAAUCACGUUACACAACCCGAGCGCUGUGGAGAGAAUUCAAGACUUAAUGGUGGCGUGUCUGCAGCACUUGAUUAGAAAGAACCACCCACCUGAACUCUGGGCGAGUCUUAUGGGCUGCGCUGUCCACAUGCUGACCACUGUCCGUGAGAUUGGACAUGCCUGUGUCGUGCACGUUGGCCAGUAUGGUCUCCGUCGUAUCCACAUGUACAAAGACAAUGUCAUCCGAGAAAUCCUUCAGGGCGGAGUUAGCUCCAAACUAGAGGAUCUGUUAUGACACACUACACAACUACAGUGUAGCGUCUGCUCCAUGCCUGAGCAUCUUUUUGAUAUUCAUCAGGGCGCUGGUCAGCACCAAGGUAGACCACUGCAGAGUCAUCUCCAAGACGUUAGGGCAUCUAUUAUGACAUUCAUCAGGGCGCUGGUCAGCACCAAGGUAGAUGACCACUACAGAGUCAUCUCCAAGUUAGCGCAUCUAUUAUGACAUUCAUCAGGGCGCUGAUCAGCACCAAAGUAGAGGACCACUACAGAGUCAUCUCCAAGUUAGAGCAUCUAUUAUGACAUUCAUCAGGGCGCUGAUCAGCACCAAAGUAGAGGACCACUACCGAAUUUUCGCGCAUUUUACCCGUGGCUUAUACAAGUGUUGCAAAUGGCAGCUGUGCCGGGUUUACAAAGGUGCGGGGGUUAACACAAUUUAUUUUACUCAUAAUGUAGCAAAACGGAAACUCUGGACAUACGGUGGGUCUUUAUACCUCCUAGAGUUGACUGUAUGCUUGUGAAAUGUACGUUGAAAAGCUUGAAGAAUAUCCAGAUAUAAACCUCAAGAAAACAGAUUGUAACGAUACGGCAGAGAAUCUUUAAACUACCAGUAAUUUAUUUCACAAGUUUACAAGUCACGCUUUACACAUGAUGGAUAUAUAAGGGUGAUGAAUGUACGAUUACUUUGUUUUUAUUUAUUGUGUCAUGUGCGCGGGUUUAAGCGUGCGUGAGUUAUACGCGCGAAAAUACGGUACAGAGUCAUGUGUGCGGGGUAUAAGCGUGUGUGAGUUAUACGCGCGAAAAUACGGUACAGAGUCAUGUGUGCGGGGUUUAAGCGUGUGUGAGUUAUACGCCUGAAAAUACGGUACAGAGUCAUGUGUGCGGGGUAUAAGCGUGUGUGAGUUAUACGCGCGAAAAUAUGGUACAGCGUCAUGUGUGCGGGGUAUAAGCGUGUGUGAGUUAUACGCGUGAAAAUACGGUACAGAGUCAUGUGUGCGGGGUAUAAGCGUGUGUGAGUUAUACGCGUGAAAAUACGGUACAGCGUCAUUUGUGCGGGGUAUAAGCGUGUGUGAGUUAUGCGCGUGAAAAUACGGUACAGCGUCAUGGCCAAGUAAGAGCAUCUACUAUGAGAUUCAUCUGGAUGCUGGUCAGCAGCAAUGAAGAGUACUACUUCAUAGUCAUCUCCAAGGUAGAGCAUCAUUUUUGACAUUCAUCGGGGCGCUGGUCAGCACCAAUGUACAGUCAUUUCUAGGUUAGAGGAUCUGUUAUGACAUUCACCAGGGCGCUGGUCUGCACCAAUGUACAGAGUUAUCUCUAAGUUAGAGGAUCUGUUAUGACACAUUAUGUAAAAUAAACAUCCAGGGCAAGAUCAUCUCAAAACUAGAUAAAACUAGAUCUACUUAGACAAUGUGAUCCUUCACCGCUGAGUCACUCCUAACUAGUGAAUCUGUUGUGAUCUGUUUGUAUCGUGAAAAAAACGAAUAAUUUCACCUGAAUACCAAGCCUAUUCCAUGACAAUUAAGCCAUGUGCUAUAAAUAUAGAACAUGAUUAAAACCUUUCUGAACAUUCAA